AUCAGCGCGCGUCCUCUCUCUCUCUCUCCAGACAACGCUCCGUCAUGUUCACGCGUUUGAUUCAGUGAUCGGAGGCUUUUUGUUCUUCCUCCUCCUCUUCCUCCUCUUCCUCCUCCUCUGCAUGAGUUGUGAAAUUGGGUUUUGUAGCGAACGCUGAUCGAUCCCCAACAUGGAGUCCGGAGAGGCCACCGAGGAGAAGGCAGCGUCUCUGUCGGCGGCGCAGAGGAGAGCCGAGAUCCGCAGGAGAAAGCUGCUCAUGAAUUCAGAGGACAGGAUGCACAGGAUCGUGGGCUACGCUAAAAACGAGCCGGACACCAGCGCUGGAGCGUCCCAGCGUCCCACAGAGCCCCACUUCCACCUCGAUCUCGACAGGACAGAGCCAUGGUCGUCAUCCUCAUCAUCCCAGAGAGCGUCUCCCUUCCUGCCAGAGGCUUCGGUGCUCGGCAGCCGCUCCCACAGCGCCACUCCAGAGAGGAGGGGCUCACCCCUGCCAGGCUUCAGCGAGCCGCACGGAGGCUCUCUGGAAGACGACAUCGGAGGGAUCCGACAGAGACCGAGGGGGGAGCGGGUAUCAGACGACAUCAGUGGCUCCCCGCGUCGAGGUCUCCAGAAGUACCUGUCCCGCUUCGACGAUGCCAUGAAACUGCGCGGUCAGCUGGCCAAUGAGAAGCCGGCCCAGGACGGAGGGUCCGAGACGGAGGAGUUCGAUCCCUUCAGAAUCUUCAGGCUCAUCGGCAGCAUCCUCCUCGCUGUUUUUGUGAGGGUCUUCGUCUGCAAGUAUCUGUCAAUAUUUGCUCCAUUUCUGACCCUGGAACUGGCCUACAUGGGGUUGUCCAAAUACUUUCCAAAGGUAGAGAAGAAGGCCCAGACCACUGUGCUGACCGCUGCCCUGUUGCUGUCCGGCAUCCCCGCUGAGGUCAUCAACCGCUCUAUGGACACCUACAGGAGGAUGGGCGACGUCUUUGCCGACCUCUGCGUUUACUUCUUCACCUUCAUCCUCUCCCAUGAGAUCCUGCAGCUCAUUGGUUCAGAGACUCCCUGACGGACCAGGAGGAUCUCCGUAAACCCCGCUCUCCCUGCUCGAUCUUUCCUCCCUCCAUCUCCCAUAGCGACAAGGCAUGGUCAUUUACGUCGGCUGACGUGGGUUUGUUGUCGACAGUCUGGAAACGAAUCCUCGCUGCCUUAUUAAUCAGCUGGACGAGUGCUCAUUAAUUCAGUGCUUCAGGAUUCCUCUAAGGCUAAGCUACAUAUGACCAGAGAGCCCGGUGUUGGUUUCAGAUCUCCAAUUUUUUUCUCUGGACUAAAGCUGAGAAACAGAAAGAUAGUAUGCGUUGUACAGAGGCAUUUAUUGUGCUGAGUGAUAUUUAUUUGUCAGGUCUAUCACAGAAAAUGGUAAAUGUCAUAUUCAAGAGUGGACAGCAGUACAGACGCCGUUUAACUUCUGAAUGGGAAACACUGGAGUCCCUCAAAUGCUGGGCGACAUUUCUGAAACAUCAUUAAUUUCUGACAUCACAAUAUGGCAAAGGGUAUGCAAAAUUACACACAAAGUAAUCAAACUCGUGCGCAAUGCAAGGAACUGUCCUACAGUACUAUGCAUUACAUCAGAAAAACUCCACAAACAAACUUUAAAGAGUAACUGGCUGAAAAGCCGUAUUUUGCUGCCCUCUCUAGUUCAAGUGUCUAACCACACCCGCAAGAGUGAUGUCACGAUGUACUGACACGCCCUGGAGUACAAUUCUACUUCACUGCAGCAAGGUGAGAACCAACAGAGGGCAGCAAAAAAACACCAGCUGCUGUGAAGUUGUUUAAAAACUCUAAUUGUUUGCAUGAGAUCAUUAAUUUAAAGUGAGAUUAUGUAACUUUGGGUAAACAGCAGCCGCCGUCGACAUAAACAGCAAUUAUAAGAUACUUGGAAAUGCUAAAAAACAUCGCAACAGCAAUACAUGCUAUAGAAAGCCAGAGAACUAACUCAUUAAUGGCUGUUGUAACAUUAUUCUUACCAGACCAGUUCAGGCUGUAGCUGCAAAACCCCCUUGGUGUAUUGAAUUGAGCAAUUGUUGCAUUUUAUGAAGUCAGUGUUAUUUAUUAUUUGACAAUGGCAUAGUCUUGCUUUAAAAAACUGCAUUUAUGAAAAGAUAACACAAUAUGUUGUUAUGUCAUGACAUGUUUUACUGAGAGCUGAUGAAGAAGGAUAUUGAAUUUUCGUCCUAUUAAAUCCGAAUAAUCUCCGAAGAUGGUAAAUAAUCUGUGCAGGGUGUCAUAUUCUCAAUGACGCAGACUCCUCAGCAGCUGCUGUAAAACCAAAUCUGAAGGUAAAACUUUGAGAACUGCUGGAGAAAUUUGGAUGUAGUUGAUCUCCCAACUAGUAUUACACCACUGUUUAUCAUAUUAAUCAGCCCUGCAGGGUGUCGGGCAGCGCAUUUUCCGUUCAUGUCAUUCAAAGUCUGAAUCUAAACUUUACUUAACUCUGAUAGCCGGAUGAACGAAGGCUGUCAGAGGUAGUAUAAGUGAUUUAACUACACUGGCCCUCGGAAUGAAGAGAUUUCGUAGGGUUUUUGAUCAGUUAUGAUUCACAGUCGAUGUCUGAAUUAAGCAGAAAGCUUAAGACAGAGUAUCAUUAGGACUGGCAGACGUUUCUUUUUCCUUUUUAUACAUAUUGUCAUCACAUCUGCUGAUUAUUGUUGCAACUGCUGCACCUCAAGCAGUCGAUGAGCUUGAGGUGCAGCAGUUGUGUCACAAAUAGUAACCGUCACAGGGGUCCGACAAAACAUUUCUUUUUAAACAAAAUUACAUUGAGGUUUAGGACAAAUUUCAAAACGUGUGUUCUGAGAUUAGUUUUCAAAAAUACUAUUUAUUCACAUACGGCCCCUUGACUCUUCUCUGUCGUACACACAUCAGAUAGCAAGAAAAGUGGUUUCACAUGGACAUCCAGUAAGGCUGCACGGCCACCUUCAGGCUAAGGAGUUCAGGAAGUAAAUACAGCUAAAGCGCAGCAGCCAGCGUUCAUUUUAACACACUGAUAAUCUUAUAGUAGGUGAAACAGCUGUGGGAUCAAUUUAGAUCCAUCAGAAAGUGCUUGCUUCUAAAAAUAUAUUAAAACAAACUGAGAUCAAGAGCUUUGAUCACAGUGUUAAUGUCUUGAGAUAGAGGUAGUGCAGAAAGCUAGAGAGUGCAAAAGUACUCUGGAUUCAGGAAAUAAUGAUAAUAUCAGUCGAUUGAAGACAAAUGAAAAACUAAAAGCUACUUGUUUUGAGUUCACAAAGACUGAGGAACAGUUACACACAUGGCCCUCCAGCCAUGGGUUAGUUUGAGAUGAAACAUAGUUUUUAGGAACAUUAGACAAACAUUUUUGUGUAUCUUUUGUACAAGCAAGAGAUGCUGAAUUCUUCAUCCAUCAACUGAAACACUAACCUCUUUACUGAUUAUAUUACUGAUUAUAUUUAAUUUUUUUCUUGAGAACUUGACCUCUCCUUUUUAAUUGGUGGAUAAGAAUCAUAUGUAUUCGUGUUGUGACAGAUUUUCAGUGUUUUCUUUCAGUUGUAUUUUCUGUUGCGAUCUGUCACCUAGUGUUCAGAAGGGUCCAUCUAUGUUAGUUUUCUCCCAUCGUUUUAGGUUGUGGAGUCAGAAGAAGCAUUUAGUCCUUAAACGUGGAGUGUAUUAUUUUGCACGAGCUUAAAUAAAUAAAUAAAAACGCAGUAAACUUUUGUAUAUGUACGCAAUGAGAAGUGCGAUUGAGGGCAUUGUUUGGGGUUUUACUGGAAAGCGCUGUCACUGCAAAUAAAUGAGAGGCAGUGGGAGUUUGUAUGUUAUUUGUGUUGAGUAUUUCUGGUGACGUGUCCUGCUUUGCUUUAUUCAAGCCUCACUCAUUCAUACAUCAUAUAUACUCUCUGUAUCUGUGCUCUUAUGUCCUUUCUCAAUUCUUUUAAUUUCAUCCAAAUUAAUUUAUUAGUGUGAAUAUAUAUUUUUUUCAUGUAAAUGAAUUGGUGUGGUUUAUCCUAUGACUUGUCUGACCUACCUGAUUGUUUUUGAUAAUGUUUACAGAAUAACUGUUUUUAUGGCUCUCAGUAUCUAUUUGAACUUCAGUAACAAAUCUAGUGUUGACAUGAUGUAAACAGUCUGCUUAAAAACCUACACAGGAAUGAAUAACCUGACAAUUCAUACCAAAUAAAAUACUACUUGCGUGACAU